UGAGCCGAGGCAUCACAAACAAAACAAAACAAAACAAAAAACUUCUCCAACAAUCAAGGAAGCGGACCAGCAGAGUGUCUGUCUCUUUUUCCCCCCUCCACGCAUGGCUGCCUAGUUGCAGCCACUACGACUUGUGCAGCGCGGCGCGGACGCGGGUCCCCGCUCGGAAGGAUGGGUCUUUUAACAAGGAGCAGGUCAUGCAGGGAAAUACCGCUAUUUCUGUUCAUCCUGCUUCAUCUAACGACGACUCAAGCGGCUGAUCCCAUUGAUGUUCUGCGAGUACUGGAGCUGUCAGAGAACAUGGAAGGGGUGUCUUUGGAGGCCGGUCUCUGCACCAGCAGGAGGGGCAUGGAUGAGACGGACAUCGCUUACAACAUCAAAAAGAUUCAGCUCAGCGCUCCCACUAAACAGCUAUUCCCUGAUUCCAAAUUUCCAGAGAAUUUUUCCCUGAUGACAACUAUUAGAGCUAAAAAAGGCUCCCAGUUCUUUCUGCUUUCGGUGUAUGAUAAUGAGGGCAUGCAGCAGCUGGGCCUCGAGGUGGGCCAGUCACCUGUGUUCCUGUACGAGGACCAGCACGGGCAGCCCACUCCAGAGCUGUACCCCUUCUUCAGGAAGAUCAACCUGGCUGAUGGAAAAUGGCACAGAAUAGCCUAUAGCGUGCGGGACAAGACUGUGACCCUGUACUUGGAUUGUCAGAAGGUCGAGACCCAGGAUCUGCGGCGAGGGGACGAUGCUGUCAUCAGUACAGAGGGGGUCACCGUGUUGGGAACCCGACUACUGGAUGAACAGGUUUUUGAGGGUGAUAUUCAGCAGCUGAUGAUUGUAGAGGAACCCCAGGCUGCUGCCGACUACUGUGUACACUACAUGCCAGACUGUGACACGGCCUUGCCAUCCAUCAGCCGAGCUCUGGAUCUGCAGGAGGACGACACGCUGCUGAGGAAGCCAGUGGUGGAGGAGUAUGGAGAUGACCUUUACAGAGACUUGUAUGAUGAUCUCUCCGUUUCCACGGUAACCGUGAGCCCGAACACAACUGAAUAUGAGAUUCUUGAUUAUGAAGAUUUUAAAAAUGACACAGUCGAAGAGUAUGAAGAGUAUGAAAUAUACGAAGAUCAGUUUGACUUUGCAGAACGGGAAAGAGCUGAGACAGUCAAUUUAGAGGCUACACUCAGAGGAGAAAAAGGCCAGAAGGGAGAAGCAGGUGUUAUUGAACCGGGUACAUUAGUGGCAGGAUCCCCAGGCGUACCAGGACCAGAGGGCUAUGUGGGCCCGGCUGGACCAGUGGGCCCUCCAGGGCCCAUGGGAGAUCCAGGUGAAAUGGGGCCUCAAGGACGUCCUGGUCUUCCUGGAGUUGAUGGGAUCCCAGGUCCUCCAGGAACCCUUUUGAUGCUACCAUUCCAGUUCAGAGGGGAUUCACAGAAAGGACCAGUGGUGUCUCCCCAAGAAGCACAAGCGCAUGCUAUCCUACAACAGACCAAGCUUUCACUAAUGGGGCAUUCAGGUCCGAUGGGUCUUACAGGGCGGCAAGGCCCGGUGGGGCUUCCUGGUCCAACUGGGCUCAAAGGAGACCAUGGUGACAACGGCUCACCUGGACCUCGUGGGUUGCCAGGCCCACCUGGACUUAAUGGAAAAUCGGGCAAAAGAGGACGUGCAGGUGUGGACGGAGGUCGCGGAGCUCCGGGUGAAACAGGCUCAAAGGGUGAUCGGGGUUUUGACGGUCUGCCAGGUCUCCCAGGAGACAAGGGACACAAAGGUGAUAGAGGAAAGCUGGGUCCUCGUGGGUCUCCUGGAGAACAAGGAGAGAAGGGACCUGAUGGACCGGUGGGACCAAGAGGGCAAGCAGGCGAACCUGGUGCUCGAGGUCUUGUUGGGCCUCGGGGGCCAACGGGACCACCUGGCCAACCGGGGAUACAUGGAGUAGAUGGACCUCAGGGGUCAAAGGGCAACCAGGGAACAUCUGGAGACUUAGGGCCUCCAGGUCAACAGGGAAAUCCAGGAGUGCAGGGUUCUCCUGGUCCUCAGGGUCCCAUUGGAUUGCCAGGAGACAAGGGUCCCCAGGGAAAACAAGGCAUUCAGGGACUGGCAGGCAUUGAUGGUCCUCCUGGUCACCCAGGAAGAGAGGGCCCCCCGGGAGAAAAAGGCAUCCAAGGUUCGCUAGGCUCCCAGGGGCCUAUUGGGUACCCAGGCACUCGUGGAGUCAAGGGAGCAGAUGGCGUUAGAGGCUUGAAGGGGGGCAAAGGAGAAAAGGGAGAAGAUGGCUUCCCUGGACUUAAGGGUGACAUGGGUGUCGGCGGUGACAAGGGAGAUAAUGGAGCUUCCGGUCCUCAUGGAGAGGAUGGACCAGAGGGGUCAAAGGGUCAAAACGGACCCAUGGGAGAUCCGGGCGGUCUUGGAAUAGCUGGCGAGAAGGGUAAACUCGGUGUGCCCGGCUUACCAGGAUAUCCCGGAAGACAAGGUCCUAAGGGAUCGUUCGGUUUCCCUGGUUCGGCUGGGGUCUCGGGAGAGAAGGGGCGAAGGGGUCCGUCUGGUCCGGCAGGUUCUGGGGGUCAAAGAGGUCCCAAUGGAAACCGAGGGGGAAGAGGCGCGAAGGGACCAACUGGGAAGCCUGGAGAAAAAGGUUCUGCUGGGCAAGAUGGUCCUCAAGGGUCUCCUGGAGAACAGGGUCCUCUAGGACCACAGGGAAGAAAUGGUGAACCAGGACUCCGAGGCCCUAAUGGCCCGCCAGGAAAGGAUGGACUACCCGGGCACCCCGGCCAGAGAGGAGAACCAGGUUUUCAAGGAAAGAAUGGCCCUCCUGGCCCUCCGGGGGUUGUUGGUCCACAGGGAAAAUCUGGUGAGACGGGGCCAAAUGGAGAUAGAGGUCAUCCAGGUUCACCUGGACCCCCAGGUGAGCAUGGUUUACCAGGAACUGCUGGAAAAGAAGGUGCCAAGGGAGAUCUAGGACCACAAGGAGCCACUGGCAAGAGCGGCCCUGCUGGGCUUAAAGGCUUCAGAGGGACCAGAGGGACCCCUGGAGCAACGGGCCCUGCAGGUCUGAAGGGAGGAGAGGGUCUGCCCGGUGUUGCAGGAGCGAUUGGUGCCACAGGAGAGAGGGGCGCCGCUGGGCCGGCUGGUGGUAUUGGCUCGCCAGGACGACCAGGCAGCUUGGGUCCUGCUGGGCCCAUGGGAGAGAAAGGGGAGCCAGGAGAGAAGGGAACAGCGGGGCUGGCUGGACAUGAUGGGGAAGCAGGACCUACAGGAUUGCCGGGGGUUACAGGACCUUUAGGACCACCAGGAGAGGAUGGAGAUAAGGGAGAGACAGGAGGACCAGGCCAGAAGGGCAGCAAAGGACUCAAAGGAGAAUCUGGACCCCCAGGCCCUGUUGGCAUUCAAGGACCUGUGGGCCAACCUGGACCAUCUGGUGGAGACGGUGAGCAAGGUCCUCGCGGGCAACAGGGUGUGAAUGGAGCAAAAGGCGAUGAAGGACCUAGGGGCUUUAAGGGGGCAUCUGGUGCCUCUGGAUUACAGGGAAUGCCAGGACUACCAGGAGAGAAAGGAGAGAGUGGCCACGUUGGAUCAUUGGGACCUCCAGGACUACAUGGCCCACGAGGCCCCCAGGGAUCCAUUGGUGGACAGGGUUUUCCUGGCUUGACCGGAGGAAUUGGUCAGCCUGGACUUGUUGGAGAGAAGGGUGAAGAUGGAGAAGCAGGAGACCCUGGCCCAGCUGGAGAGCCUGGCAUUUUUGGUGCUAAAGGACAUGUGGGGGAGAAAGGUGACUCUGGCCUCUCUGGUGCAGCCGGGCCUCCUGGAGCCCGAGGAACACCAGGAGACGAUGGGCCCAAAGGCAACCUUGGUCCUAUUGGAUUCCCUGGAGAUUCAGGGGCCCCUGGAGAAGCAGGUGUCAACGGAGUAGAUGGUGGAGCCGGGCCUAAAGGAGACAAUGGAGAACCUGGAAAAGCAGGACCCCCAGGAGCCUCUGGAGAGGCAGGUCCUCCAGGACCUCCUGGACGGAGGGGUCAUAUAGGUGGGUCAGGAAAAGAGGGAACUCAAGGCAUGAAAGGAGCCAAAGGGGGGACAGGAACACAGGGUCCAGUGGGGAAGACAGGUCCGGUAGGACCCCAAGGGCAUCCAGGGAGACCUGGUCCAGACGGGCUUCGAGGAAUUCCAGGCCCUGCGGGUGAACAUGGGCUAAAUGGACCACCAGGGCAGGCUGGACCACCAGGACCACUAGGGCCACCAGGACUUCUAGGAUUAAAGGGUGAACCUGGAAAUAAAGGAGAUAAAGGUCAUGGAGGGUUGAUAGGUCUAAUUGGUCCACCCGGGGACUUUGGUGAGAAAGGGGACAGAGGCCUGCCAGGACUCCAGGGCUCACGAGGAUUUAAAGGAGACGGGGGUGUGGUUGGCUCAUUUGGUCCGACUGGCCCGCCAGGACCUCCUGGACUCUCUGGUCCACCUGGUGAGAAAGGAUCGAAGGGAGAAAUAGGUGGCAUUGGCCCCAGAGGAGAUCCCGGCCCUGCUGGUCCUCCAGGACCCACAGGACUCCCUGCAACAGCGGUUCAGCCAUUGCCUUUUAGGGAGGGCAGACGGAAGAGACGAAGACACUCGAAUCAGGCAAGAGAAGAAGCCUUAUCCAGGGAAGAAUAUGCAGAUUUGGACAGUGAGUUCCUCCAGAGCGAUCAACCUCUGGAGGAUCCUGAGGGAAUGGAGGAAGUUUUUGCCACCCUCUCUUCUAUGAAAAACGACGUGGAGCUCAUGAGGAGGCCUCUUGGAACAUUUGAAAGCCCUGCCCGGACCUGCAAGGAACUCAUGAUGGUUCAACCUCACUACAAAAAUGGAGACUACUGGAUUGAUCCUAACCAGGGCUGUCACAGAGAUUCCAUGAAGGUCUACUGUAACUUCACGGCAGGUGGAGAUACCUGUCUACACCCUGACAAAAGGACAGAAAUAGUCAAAUUAGCACCAUGGAACAAAGAGAUACCAGGAGGCUGGUACAGUCAAUACAAGAGGGGAAAGCAGUUCUCGUACCACGACUUGGAUGGGAACUCUGUGCAUGUAGUACAGCUGACCUUCCUGAAACUACUAAGUGCCACAGCCAAGCAGAGCUUCACUUAUACCUGUCAGAACUCAGCGGGCUGGUUUGAUAGCACAUCCCGCUCCUACCAGCAUGCCCUUCGCUUCCGGGGCAGCAAUGAUGAGGAGUUGACACAGGCCAAAAGCCCCUUCAUCAAAGCAGUGCACGAUGGAUGCCAGUUCCGCAAAGGUCAAGAAAGGACCGUUUUGGAGAUCAAUUCCUCAGCGGAGCUGCUCCCUAUCGUAGAUGUGGCUGCAGUUGACUUUGGCGGCAAUGGCCAGAAGUUUGGAUUCCAAGUUGGACAAGUAUGCUUCAGCGGGUAACAUCCCGGCCGCUACAGAUGCAUAAGAAGACCUUCAUGGGGAAUUUUCAGUGAAAUAAACUGGACUUAAACCACUACUUCCGCAAUAUUUAUUUUAUGAUGUUCCCCUAUGUGGUGGACUUGUGGUAUGUUAUUUAAGUCUUCAGCAGCCAAUGAAAGUUUUCCAUGGAUUUCUAAGAAUAGCGAGAAAGAAGACAUGCAACAGUGGAAACAAAGCACGCUUACCAAAGGGAAUUAUUGCAGUUAGCCAUAUUUAUUUUAAGUGCCUAUGUUGUUUGUUUUGGUUUCUUUUUUUUUUAGUGGGCUAUAAUCAAUACUGUCAAAAUAUGAGGACUACUCCACUUGACAAUGAUCAGUUACAAACAAGCUGGACCUGUCCAGUCACAGUCUUAACACUGCCUUACUGUGGUAUUGGGCAGCUUAAGGGGACUUGUUACUUAUUUUUUUGCAAAAACAGACUGAAUAAAUCAGAGUGGCCGUCAUACUCAUUUGCAUGCUUGAAUUGACUACAAUGACAAUUGCAUAGCAGUUGAGAACUAGCCUAGCAUAUUAAUUCCAAACAAGCGCUAUAAUUAAUUUCCUGUCUGCAGGAAUGAUAAAUUGUCUUUUUUACCCUUCACUUCAGUUUGUUAAAUGAAUUACCUUGUUUUGUAUUCAUUAGGUGUAGCUAGUUAUUGAAUGUGACACUUACUUGAACGAAUAAGGUUGUUUCCUUUUAUUGGACUGCUUCCCUCCGUAUGCUUGAUAAUAUGCUUUUUGAGCCCCUCAUGUCACCACAAGCCCCUGGACUGUUUCUGUCAGAGUCCUUUCAGCAGUGGUGUAUACUUGCUGUGACAUACCACAGUACCUGCGCUGGAAAUAUUUCAGAUCAUCCUUUAGGAGCAUGGUUAUUAAAAUGUUCUUUUGUCUAAACUGCAGUGCUUUAUACUAAGAAACACUUCCUGCAUCUCUUGAGAGCAUUUUAUAAUUGCUGACUUAACCCAUUUUCAUUUUUCUUCUUGACUCAGAGGUUUCUUUUUGUUCUGUUUUGUUCUG